UGAAUGACCACAGAGUGACGCGUAACGUGACUCACAGUAUACACCGUGUGGUUCAGCUUCGUUCUAGUUUCGAGCCUUCGUUUAUUGGAUCUCCGCGGUUAUUCUGUUUCAUCGGGUUGCAAAGCUUCAGCAUGUCUUCUCGUAAAACUGCCGGUCGCCGUGCAACCACGAAGAAACGUGCUCAACGUGCUACGUCCAACGUCUUCGCGAUGUUCGACCAGGCACAGAUCGCGGAAUUCAAGGAGGCUUUCAACAUGAUCGAUCAGAAUCAUGACGGAUUUAUUGAUAAAGAGGAUCUGCACGACAUGCUAGCAUCCCUGGGAAAGAAUCCCACUGAUGAGUAUUUAGAAGCAAUGAUGAACGAAGCACCUGGACCUAUCAAUUUCACAAUGUUCCUGACACUAUUCGGAGAGAGAUUGCAAGGGACUGACCCGGAAGACGUGAUCAAAAAUGCUUUUGGCUGUUUCGACGAGGAAAAUACUGGUCACAUAAACGAGGAACGUCUUCGUGAACUGCUCACAACAAUGGGCGACAGAUUCACGGACGAUGACGUAGAUGAAAUGUAUCGCGAAGCACCGAUCAAAGGUUCUAUGUUCGACUACCUGGAAUUUACUCGAAUUCUGAAGCACGGUGCGAAGGACAAGGAUGAGCAGUAGUAAGCGAACACGGAUUCAUCUACAGGUCGCCUGCGUAUCCAAAACACAAAAUCGUAGAUAACGUAUGAAGUAUUUCUCGCGCUCCUCGUACUUCUUUAUUCAAUUCUGAUUUUUGUUCAUCAAACAUCUAUAUUAAUAAUCAUUUCUAUUUGAGUAUUGAUAUAGAAAUUCUAGCCUGGACUGCAGGACAACUUUGUCUGAACUAUAAAGUGCAUUAGAAGAUUAAAAAAAUUUUGAUUUUGCAUUUCGUUUGCUUUUGUGCUUCUAUAAAAAGUAAAGCAGAAAAGUUGUUCGAAUAAAAACAAUCAUAAUGCAUUUCGAAGCGCGAGGUGCGCAUUUAAUAAGAUCUUUGCGUGAUAUUCGCCGUCAGCCGUAACAAUUUUUUGGACGAUUGCUGUACAGUCGGUGAAAAUUACACGUGUAAAAUAUUUAUAUAUAUACAUAAACCGAACAUGUAACUGUUGUAGAUUCAGCAUUUAUAUUUUAAUAUAAUAUUCUAUUGCGUACGAAAUUAA